CUCUCUCCGUUGACGUCAUGUGGAUACGUUCAGUCACGCACUAAAGUAAUCACGGCAAGCAGUAGGCACUGCUUAGCGAAAUCAUUCUGAAAUGUUAUAGUUAGGUCGUCUGAGACACGUAAAAAGUAAUUGCAUCAGUUUGCACGAAGGAUGUAAAUAAUCGUAGGGAAUAAAGUUACCCAAGGUGUGGAUUUAUAAGAUCGGUACUUCAGAAUAGAGAUGAACAUCAGAACCUGUAUCUAUAGUGGUCCUGUUUCUGAUGGAAGUUCCCUAAUUUUGGAGUCUGUGAACAUAUCUCCAGUCUAACUCAAAAUUACACAAACGUAUGCUAGCCAGAUGGGAAGAUGAAGAGCAAAAGACUCACUGGAGGCCAGAAUGAACAGACUAUCCUUUGUGGACUUGAGUAGGAAAGUAGACGAGUUGCAAAUCAGAGUAACCUUUUGCGCCUUUGAGUCGUCUUAGCUGUUUGAAGGGACCAUGGGUUGUAUAAAAAGUAAGCCGAACAAAAGUUCAUCAAUAACAUUUGUAAAUCAAACCACUCCAGAUUCGGUUAAUGCCCCAGUUGGCACUUAUGGUGGACCAAAUUCUAGCAGUGUACUCCAGACACCUGCAAACAGAGGGCUUUCGACUGAGUUUAACAGUCAUUCCAUAACACCAUUUGGGGGAUCAUCAGGAAUGACACCAUUUGGAGGUGCUUCUUCAUUUACAGUUGCGCCAGCAUGUUCUUAUCCAGGAGGACUGACAAGUGGUGUUACAGUUUUUGUUGCCUUGUAUGAUUAUGAAGCUAGAACAACAGAAGAUCUCUCAUUUAAGAAAGGAGAAAGAUUCCAGAUAAUCAAUAACACGGAAGGAGACUGGUGGGAAGCCAGGUCACUCACUACAGGAAACAGUGGAUACAUUCCUAGCAACUAUGUUGCACCUGCAGACUCCAUUCAGGCAGAAGAAUGGUAUUUUGGAAAAAUGGGCCGAAAAGAUGCAGAAAGACUGCUUUUGCAUCCAGGGAACCAAAGAGGCACUUUCUUGGUACGGGAGAGUGAAACUACAAAAGGUGCAUAUUCACUCUCCAUUCGUGACUGGGAUGAAGUAAGAGCUGACAAUGUGAAGCACUACAAAAUCAGGAAGCUUGACAAUGGAGGCUAUUAUAUAACAACCAGAGCACAGUUUGAGACACUACCGAAGCUUGUUAAACAUUAUACAGAACAUGCGGAUGGUUUAUGUCAUCGAUUGACAACAGUAUGCCCCACUGUGAAGCCUCAGACCCAGGGGCUUGCAAAAGAUGCUUGGGAGAUACCUAGGGACUCCUUACGUUUGGAAGUCAAGCUCGGUCAAGGAUGCUUUGGAGAAGUGUGGAUGGGCACAUGGAAUGGAACCACAAAAGUGGCAAUCAAAACCCUGAAACCUGGUACAAUGUCACCUGAAGCUUUCUUGCAGGAGGCUCAGAUCAUGAAGAAGCUGAGGCAUGAUAAACUUGUACCUCUGUAUGCUGUUGUUUCUGAGGAGCCAAUUUACAUUGUCACAGAAUACAUGACAAAAGAUUGCUGAUGGUAUGGCAUACAUUGAGAGAAUGAAUUACAUUCACAGAGACCUGAGAGCUGCUAAUAUCCUUGUUGGUGAAAGUUUUGUAUGCAAAAUUGCAGAUUUUGGCUUGGCAAGGCUAAUAGAAGAUAAUGAAUAUACUGCAAGACAAGGGGCCAAGUUUCCAAUAAAAUGGACUGCUCCAGAAGCUGCAUUGUAUGGACGAUUUACAAUUAAAUCUGAUGUUUGGUCCUUUGGAAUUCUUUUAACAGAAUUGGUUACAAAAGGAAGAGUGCCAUAUCCAGGUAUGGUUAACCGUGAAGUACUUGAGCAAGUGGAACGUGGAUUUAGAAUGGGUUGUCCUCAAGGCUGUCCAGAGUCCCUCCAUGAAUUAAUGAAACUGUGUUGGAAGAAAGAGCCAGAUGAGAGACCAACAUUUGAGUAUAUACAGUCCUUCUUAGAGGACUACUUCACAGCAACAGAGCCACAAUACCAGCCUGGUGAUAAUCUAUAAUAAGACCAGUCAAAGUACAUGACAAAAAUUUGCCAAAAUAAACAGACUUUUGCAGACCCAUGUCCUGCCUCUAAAAGCUGCCUUAACUCUGCACAGUUUUAAAGGCAAACUGGAAAAGCAAAUCACAAUUGCACAAAAACACUUUCCAUUUUCUUAACACUAAUCAGAAAGAAAACUAACUUUUUAAACACUAAUGACUUCACAAGACCAUAACUUUUGUUUUCAUUAUCAGCAGAGACAGAACUUUCAAUACAAACAUUUUAGUAUGUUCUCUUACCUAAAGUUUAAAAGUCUGUUUCAUAGAAAUCUGAUUAUCUUUACUUUUUAAGGUGAAAAUGUUUUGAUACUCCACAAUUCAACCUUCAAUUAUCUUGGAUAAAGAAAAAGAUGUGUUUAAUGAAAUCAACUUUGAUUACUGGCAGACUUGAGUACCAGAAGAUGCUGUGUUCGAUAUUUUAGUAUCAUUGUAACCAGAAAAUGGCAUGAAUUUAUACUGGUCCUUAAUAUUUUGAUUUGUUUUAUUGGAUAAGCAGUAAAAUGACAUAAUGUUUAAUUAUA